AUGUCCACCUCAAUCAUUCGCACAUCUCUACGAGCAGGGCAAGCCAGCAUACUAGGACCAUGCCGUUCUCGUAUAGCUGCUCAGAGUCUCAUCGGCAUACGGUACAAUUCUUCAGCAUCUUCAUCGAAGACGUCAAGUCCCACACCGAGUCAACAGCUCUAUACGCUGAAUGAAAUCGAUAAAUUGACCACGUCAAUAGCUCAAUCAUCUCCCGGGCCAGUUCAUCACCCUUCUCCACUAGUCAUGCGAGCCCUCCCCGCUCCAUGGCUAUCAUCGCACUCGCCCGACCUAGCCUCCCAGGGGGAUGCAUGCUCUGUCGACCCUCAUACUUCGUCUGCAGAGCCAUUCACGGAAGAAGAACUCCUUCGACCUAGACAUAUGAGUGAGAGUUUCACAAGCUUCGAUCUGCCGCUGGCGAGCGAUGCGAAAUUGUAUGAGAGGUAUGUCAAUACCUCUGGAGGGUUCAGGAUGGGUAAAUUGCUUGAGCAUCUCGACUCAUUAGCUGGAGCAGUAGCCUAUCGACAUUGUCUACCUACACCUAAAACUGCUGGGUCGACAGAUGAAUCUCAAGCGUUCCACGAAUCGUCUUCUAGAGCUGGGCUGUACCUCGCCACUGCUAGCGCAGAUAGGCUAGAUAUGUUCGGUAGACUGAAUAGGGAGAAUGUCAGAGAUUUGAAAUUCUCAGGAUUCGUCACUUGGACAGGACGAUCAUCAUUGGAAGUAGUAGUGAAAAUGGAAGGGCAUCGACCGUCAGAGCCAUCUGGACAAUUCAAGACCUUGAUGUUGGGUAGAUUCGCGAUGGUCUGUAGAGAUUCGAAGACCAACAAGGCGAGGCCAGUACCAAGGUUGUUAGUGGAGAGUGAGGAAGAGAAAGUGUUAUGGGCUAUUGGAGAAGAGCACCAGAAGAGGAGAAAGACCAGUGCGAUGAAUGCUUUGGACAAAGUACCCCCAUCAUCGGAAGAAGCUGAAGAAUUACACAAGUUGAUGUUACAAGUUUCAACCAAGGAGGAAGUGGAUGGUGAACAGGUCGUACCCAUGCACGAUACUGAGAUUCAAACUGUACAGCUCAUGUUUCCCCAGGACAGGAAUUUGCAUGGAAAGGUAUUUGGAGGUAUCUUAAUGCGUCUGCUAUGUUUCACCAAUGCCGCCUUGUUCUCUCAAGCACCCAUGCGAUUCUUGGCACUGGAUCAGAUCACUUUCCGUCUACCCGUCCCCAUCGGUGCGGUAUUGCGUUUAUCGUCCAAAGUGGUCAAAACGACCAAACCUCAUGACGGACCGGAUGGAGAAGCCAAAGUACAUAUCAUGGUAAGAGCGGAAGUAGAAGAGGUUGACACAGGGGUUCGAAGGGAAACGAAUACCUUCUUCUUCACCAUGGCCAAAGAAGAUGAUAAACCCAUUGGAAGGACCGUAAUACCUUUGACAUACUCUGAGGCUAUGCAUUAUCUAGAAGGGAAAAGAAGACUGGAAGUGGGUGAUGAGAUGAGGAGGUUGUAUCAGGUUGGGAAAUUGCAAUAG